AUGAAGAAAACUAUUAUCAAAAUGCCUUCGGAGGAAGGGAACACGUCCUCCCACUCGUCCAGCGGGGAUACGAAGCGCAAGGUCAGCAUCAUCACUGAACCGGUCGUCGAGCGAUUAGGCCACGAUAACCUGGCGUUCGAACAGAACAAACGGAAAAUAUCACAGCAAUCGCACCAUUCCGAGGAUGGGCCAGUCCGGAGGAAAAGUAACUUGCACAACAACAACUUCGACACCUCCUCUUUAAACAGCGAUCGCUACAAUGGGGAAGCGGGAGGCCGGGCCAAAAAGCAGUCGUUCUCCGAGGCGCUGGAAAAGAUCGAGCGAGACUUCGACAACUCCCGGCUGGAGCAGUCCUGGAUCUACUCGCUGUGCAUGCGGUGUCGGGUCGAGUACACAACGCCCUCGUGGGAACCCCCCGGCUGGCAGAAGAUCUGCCCCUAUCCGCUGUGCCCGUCCUACCGCCAGUUUGCCCGCAUCCUGUCCAUCAUUCUCAUAGGCGUCCUGCUCUGGGUAACGGCGUACGUUAUCAUCGGCGAUUCGGCCGCACCGGGUGGACAGCUGUUCCAGCUCGUCGUGCUGACGGUGGCCGCCAACUUCGGUGGUUUUCUCAUCUCGCUCACGACGUUACCGCGACUGAUCGGGAUGCUGAUGGUUGGCAUACUGUUUCAGAACGUUGGAUGGGUGAACUUGGACGGCGAUUUCCAGGUCGUAACGGCCGAGCUGCGGAAGCUGGCACUGGUGAUCAUUCUGGUGCGAGCGGGGCUUGAAAUGGACCCGACGGCCUUUAAGAAGAUCUACAAAACCAUCCUGAAGCUCGGCCUCAUCCCGUGGUUCGUCGAGUGCUCGCUGAUCGCGGUGUGCGCCCGGUUCUUCCUCGAGCUGCCGUGGAUGUGGAGUAUCCUGCUCGGUUCCAUCGUCGGAGCGGUAUCGCCAGCCGUCGUCGUGCCCUGUCUGUUUCGGUUGCGCACCAAGGGCUACGGUGUGGUGAAGGGUAUUCCGACGUUGAUCAUCGCCGUCGCCGGUAUUGACGAUGCGGUGUCCGUGGCCGGGUUCGGUAUCAUUUCGAGCAUCAUGUUCAGCACGCAGAGCCUCGGGCUGCAGAUUGCACAGGCCCCCGUGUGCAUCAUCGGUGGGCUAGGGUUCGGGGUCGUUUGGGGUUUCCUGUGCAAGUACGUGCCAGAACCGGGUGAUGCGUACGUGGUGCCGAUCCGUACGCUCAUGCUGUUCGGCGGUGGGCUACUGGCCGUGUUCGGAAGCGAAAAGAUACACUUUGAGGGAGCGGGACCGCUCGGUGUGGUGUUUGCCGCGUUCACCGCCUCGUACUUCUGGUGCGGGCAGGGCUGGGAGCUGGAGGAUAAUCCCGUUUCGACGGCAUUCGAAAUCUUCUGGAUGAUCUUCGAGCCGAUCCUGUUCGGUAUUACCGGUGCAUCGAUUAAGAUUGUCGAAUUGGAUCCCCACAUCGUGUCGAUCGGAGUCGGUAGCAUUUACGUGGUGGCUGUGAUACGAAUCUUGACGACGGUCGCAAUCGCUUUCGGUGACAAACUGAACGUGAAGGAGAAGAUUUUCGUUGCCAUCUCCUGGAUGUCGAAGGCAACGGUACAAGCGGCACUCGGUCCGGUUGCGCUGAAGACGGUCAUGUCGAACGAGAACCGCACGGAGGAAGAGGUCCACUACGCCGAGUUGGUCAAGAUGGUAUGCAUCCUGAGCAUCAUCCUGACGGCACCGCUCGGAGCCAUUCUCAUUUCCGUGACCGGCACGAAGCUUCUGAAGAAAACGAAACAGCAGCUCGAGCCAAUGGAUGGUGAGUUUACGCUAGGCUGGCGAAGAAGCCACCGGCCGUCGCUGCACGACAUCAGUAUCAUCGACGAGGAGGAAGAGCGAGAGGACAUCGAGGGCAUUGCGGAUGAGGAUACGGCCGCCAACACACUCUCCAACGCCCAGCCGGCUGCUGCCUUCACCAUCACGAAGUAGAGAUGAGCGUCACCAGCGUUUCGGAGCUCGUUUCGGUAACGGAUCUUUUGAUAUUUACGCCCGUUUUGCGUGGCAUUGCGUGGAAGACACUCGCUUAACCCAGGUGGACAAACGUACCGAUCAAAAUGAGCUCUUCACCAUCUUACCGUUGUAAGUUAAGGAAAAUGGACCGAACAAAAAGGCCCGGGAGUAAGAUGCCGAUCAGAGAAGGAAUAGUAUCAGGGUUGCUAGGAUACGACGGGUAUGCGAGUGUCGUACUGCUCGUGUUUUGUUUUCUUUGAAAUACCGUAUUUACUGUAAUGUAAUGUAAAAUGCUUAAUUGUUAUGGGCCUGGCACAAUGCCAUCUUUUAAAUGCCCCCAACCAUUCCGAGUCCAACGACAAAAUCAAUCAUAAGGAACAACCUAUUUUACCCAAGGGGAGAAAGAACUAUUUCCCCCAGCCGUUGAUUACCGAAGGAUAGGUUUUGUUCGCAAGCGAUUCAAUAUAUUGGAGCCAUACACUAGGACUAGAAGGGAACCCAUAUCCGCAGCGAAAUGGCGAAUAUGCAAUUAGUAUGUAUCCACCGGAAGCUAGAACGAUGGAGUGUCUUGAGCAGUGUAGUAGUGAUAAAUACAUUCCUAGCGGGGAUGCGCCCCGACGGUGAAAUAGUACUCGCAAGCGCAAGUAGUAGCAAGUAGCACUGUUAAAGCUCAUUAUAACGAUAGAAUAUUAAUAAAAGUUAAUGUACAGUGUUAUUGUACAGCGUAGUAU